AUGGAUUCUAAAUACUUUAUAAUUAAUGAUAAACAUAUAAUAGGCGGCAACAAUAGAAGUGAUUAUAGAGAUAAGCGCAAUAUUAAUAAUAUUACUAAAAUUGUUUUAACAAAGGAAAAGAGGAGGGAUGAAUACCAACUGUUAUAUGACACAAAAAAUAUUCUUAAAGAAGAUUUAAACGACAAAGAUAAAAUCGUUGCCAAUAGAUCCGAUGUGUUAAAUGAAUAUGUAGAAACAUAUACAGAAGAACCUUGCGUUGGUGAUCCUGAAUUCUGUAAUAUGACAAAAGAAGAAUAUUUGGAAAUGUUAUACGAGUAUAUUUACCCUAAAUCAUACGAAUGGGUCUUGAUAGCAACGCAUGCAAUCGUAUUUGUGACAGGAUUGAUUGGCAAUGCCCUAGUGUGUAUCGCCGUUUACCGUAAUCAUACAAUGAGGACGGUGACCAACUAUUUCAUUGUGAACUUGGCUGUCGCUGAUUUCUUAGUAAUCCUCUUCUGCUUGCCGCCCACUGUGUUAUGGGAUGUUACCAAAACUUGGUUCUUUGGUACUGCCAUAUGCCGAAUAGUGCUAUAUUUUCAGUCCGUGUCAGUAACGGUGUCAGUGCUCACUCUUACCUUCAUAUCUCUGGAUCGUUGGUACGCCAUCUGUUAUCCUCUGAAAUUCAAAUCAACCACCAACAGAGCGAAAACUGCUAUACUUAUUAUAUGGAUGGUGUCUAUGCUGUUUAAUAUUCCUGAAUUUGUGAUCUUGGAAGUACAAGCAAACAUUGAGCUACGUUUCAACCAGCAGUAUUUUAUGCAAUGUACCUACACCUGGUCAGAGGAGAGUGAACUCACUUGGCAUAUAAUUAGGGCGCUUUUCCUUUACACAUUCCCACUCAUGCUGAUGAUGGUAGCGUACUGCCAGAUUGUGAGGGUCCUAUGGAGAUCAGAUAAUAUACCAGGUCAUAGGGAGCUACACCAGUUAUGCCCAAAUGGACAGACAAAUGGGUUUGCAGCUAGAAGACGUAGGACUGUAUCAAUUCACGCGAAUGCAUCUACCGAAGGACAACUCCGCUCUCGUCGGAAGGCAGCCAAGAUGUUGGUAGCUGUUGUUAUAAUGUUCGCGGUGUGCUUCUUUCCAGUACACCUUCUAUGUGUUCUGAGAGUUGCGUACAACGUACAACACAGUGACAUGAUGACCGCCGUAGCGCUCAUAUCACACGUCAUGUGCUACGUCAACUCAGCGGUGAAUCCACUGAUAUAUAACUUCAUGAGUGGAAAAUAUCGUCAUGAAUUUUACAGGUCAUACUGUAAAUGCUUCCGUUGCUAUACUCCUCCAGAUGAUAUUACUUUGCCGGGAAGUUCACGAUCUUGUAAUAAAAGAACCACUAUCAGGAGAAACGACACUUGCUUGGGUUAUCGACAAUCACACCAUGCAUCUUCGAACCAUAACAGCGUACACAGAGAUCUUGGUAAAAUGAACACGUCAUUCAUAGAGAACAUGAAUGGAAACAGACGGCUGAGGAACAACGGAUGUGACAAUUCCAUCAGCGAAUCAGCUCGGUUCACAUUAAACUCUGAAGCUAGAGAUUGA